GAGGUUGGGCACCGCCCCAUGGCGAGUGGAAGCAUUGGACUGGGACGAGCAGUGCUACCCUUCAUCGCCCAUCUCCCCAUUCAAUGUCUCGACAAACAACGGCCGUGCAUUGCGAUCGCAUCAAUUCGCUUCCCCGCACCCCGCGUCAAGGCGGCAGACCAGUGCGUGCUCGUUACCACAGAAGCAUCCCCUGUGAACUGUGCACAGCUAUGAUCAGCUCUGAUGUAUGGUCAUCCACACCGUACACCGUCUCAGGUGUGGACUCGUCCAUCCUCCAAUUCCGCCUUCGUCUCGGCCGCGGUUGGCUAUCCCCGCAUCCACCUCACCCAUCUCUUCUCGUCCGCUUCCGUCCCACAAAAAAUGAACCGCGCGCCCUCCUCUUUGAGCCCUCUGAGUAGGCGGCACGACUCGACGUCCUCGCGCUCCUCCGAGGCCUCGACGGCACGGCGCCUCGUAGCGCGUGCACGCGCGAUCGCCUCCCUCCUCGGCCUCCGCCUCAAGCGCGGCCGGAAGCGCGAUCCCGGCAUGCGGCUGCACUCGUGGAUUGACGACGGGUGGGAGAAGGACCAGGCCAAGGAGGAGCACGUUGUGGGGGUCGGGACGGGCCACCGGCGAAACGAGAGCCGCGAGACGUACAACCCGCCGUACGAGGUGCGCGCUGCGCGCUCGCCUCGGGCGAGCUACACCGAAGGGCGGGCCGAGAUCGGGUACGUCCGCUCCGAGGGCCAGCGGGCGAGCUACGAGGCGCGCGAAAGCUGGGACAACUACCGCGCCAGCGUGGACAGCUAUACCCGCUCGAGCCAUGGGCACGGGUCGCUGGGCCGCACAAGCUCGGUCGGGCACUCUAGCUCGGGCCACACGUAUCCGGGAGGGGACAACCGUUCCGCGGACGCCUCGGCGUGGCGCCGUGAUCGCGUACAUCAUGCAGUGCGGCACAACCGCGCACCGGCGCGCUGGACAGAUAUGGUCGACUGGGUCGAAGUCGAGCUUACUGAGCGCCAGCCGGAUGCGGGUCGUAGCGACAAGGAGCGCGAGUUUAUGCGCGAGGCGGCGAGGGUGGGGCGAGUGACGAGAGCGUAGGUGUAAGAAAAAGGUCCAAGACCACAGUCAAUCUUUGCGGAAAACAGUGCGUUAAUUAUGAGCAGAGUCCAUAGUGCAGUCGUAGAUUAGAGCGUUGCGUUAAUC